AUGGAAAUUGUCGAUGAAAACUGGCAUACACCAAGACCCACCAUCAAAGAAAGAAUAUCCUUUAUGUUCAACAAGGAUCAUUUGAGCGACGUCAAAUUUGUUGUUUUUGACGGUGAUGGCGAAAACGAAAGUAGACAAAUGAUUCCAGCUCACAAGUUUAUUCUGGCGAUUAGCAGCCCUGUUUUUGAGGCCAUGUUUUACGGUAAACUGGUGGAGACUGGACACACUAUUGAACUGCCUGAUUGCGAUUACGAAAGUCUGUUGGAGUUGUUUCGCUACAUGUACAGCGAUGAAGUGAACUUAAGCGGAAGUAAUGUGAUGAAAGUGCUCUACUUGGCUAAGAAAUGCAUGGUUCCUUCACUAGCUAAUAAGUGUGUGAAAUAUGUUUUCGAACAUUUAGAUGCAUCCAAUGUUUUCAACGUUCUGCCAUGUGCUCAAAAAUAUGACGAGAAGCUACUGGUGGAUAAGUGCUGGAAAGUGAUCGAUGAAGACGCGGAAGCAGCUAUGAAAUCGGAAAGCUUUGCGACGAUCGACAGGUCGUUACUUGAAGCUGUGGUGGAACGAAAUACUUUGGACAUCGCCGAGCUGGAAUUGUUCAAUAGGCUCAUGGAAUGGGCAACAAAGAAAUUCGAAGAACAAGGCAUAGUGGCAGAUGGGCAACAGAAAAGGAGAAUUCUUGGAGAACGAGUCAUAAAAUCAAUACAUUUUCCAAUAAUGACAGAAGACGAAUUUUCAUUUGUUCUCAGAAGCGGAAUUCUUAGACUAGGUGAAGUCAUUUUCAAAGCGGACAUAAAUUCGGUAGAAAAUCGUCCGGUAGGAUUCCCAAAGACUAAAAGAUCCAGCCGUUUUAAACGUUGCUAG